CCAUUAUGUGUGUUUUGGUAGACGGAUGAGACGAAUGGGAAGAGAUGUAUAUAAAGCUCAGGAAUCUGCACGUAGCUUCACCACCUCGACCUCGUACAACAUCUAAUUAAACAAAAAAAAAAAAAGAAUAGAGAAUUGAAGAUGAGUAGUGGCAUUGCUGAAAGAUGGAAGGUUCUAAGUGGGAGUGAUAACUGGGAAGGGCUACUGGACCCUUUGGAUUCCGAUCUCUGCCGCUACCUCAUUCACUACGCCACCAUGGUUGGGCCCGCAAGUGAGGCUUUCAUAAACGAACCAGCUUCCAAAUAUGUGGGAUUAUCACGAUACGCCAAGAGAAACCUCCUAGCCAACUCAGGAGUUGUGAAGGGAAACCCUUUCAAAUAUGAAGUGACCAAAUACUUCUAUGCCCCAUCAACAGAUAUCAUAUUCCAAGAUAAAGGGUAUAUGGUGAGGCCAGCGCGAGUGGAUGCAGUGCUAAAGGAAUCAAACUGGAUCGGAUAUGUUGCUGUGGCCACGGAUGAAGGAAAAGUUGCUUUGGGACGGAGAGACGUUCUGAUUGCUUGGAGGGGAACAAAACGACCCUCAGAGAAGUUAGCCAAUUUAACAUUCACUUUUGUUAAUGCGCCAUUAAUCUUUGGCCAAGAUUCUAAUCCUCUAGUGCAUAAGGGUUGGUACGAUAUGUAUACCACCAUCAAUCAAGAUUCCCAAUUCAAUCAAACCAGUGCCAGAGAUCAGAUUCGUGAAGAAGUUGCAAGACUUGUUGAGUUAUACAAGGACGAGGAAAUUAGCAUAACCGUGACAGGACACAGCUUGGGUUCAUCCAUGGCAACGCUGAAUGCAACAGACCUGGCGUUCAAUCCAAUCAACAAUAAUAAAGAUAUUCCUGUCGCUGCUUUCUUGUAUGCAAGCCCCAAAGUAGGGGAUGAGAAUUUUAAAAAUGCCAUUUCCAAUCAACAAAACCUUCGAGUCUUGCGAAUCACCGACGUCAAUGAUCCUGUUCCAACACUUCCCCCGCCUGGACCAGUGGAUGGUACCAUAUGGCCAAUAUUUCCUUACGUAGAUGUGGGGGAGGGUAUUGGAAUUGAAUCAAAGAAAUCCGAGUUUUUGAAGCCUGAAAUUGAUAACCUGUUAACUCAUGACUUGAUGCUUUACAUGCAUGGAAUUGAUGGAUUCCGGGGGUCUCAAGGAGGGUUUGAGCGUCAAGGAUAUUUUGAUCUUGCCAAAGUUAAUAAGUACCAGGAUGCUUUGAAAGACGAGUAUCGUACACCGACAGGAUGGUUGGGCGUAAAGGAUAACGGAAUGGUUCAGCAGGAGGACGGAACUUAUAUUCUUGAUGAUCAUGAACAGGACGAGACGUUUUAAACACCUACAAACAGUUUAAUUUCGUGUGUGCGUGUUUGAAUAAAGUCUUCAUGAAGACCUUUCUAUAUAUAAUUUGUAGUGUGUUUUGAAUAAAAUUGGAGCUAAGGCAACUAGCAAGUUGUAGCUAGCUGUCUAGUACAAUGCAUGUGUUCUAGCUUGUAUUUGAAUUAUUAUGUAUCAAUCA